AGUGUGACUCAACAUCUCCCAGCUUUACAAGUGACGGAGGAGACUUGGUUGUUGACAGUUUUCUGCUGUUUUGUGUGCUAGAAGGAGAAAUGGACGACCAGGGGUGUCCGAGGUGCAAAACGACCAAAUACAGGAACCCGUCGCUGAAGCUGAUGGUGAAUGUCUGCGGACACACGCUAUGCGAGAACUGCGUGGAGAUGCUGUUUGCGCGCGGCUCAGGCAGCUGCGUUCAGUGUGACACACCGCUCAGGAAGAGCAACUUUCGCGUGCAGCUCUUCGAAGACCCAACCAUCGACAAAGAGGUGGAGAUCCGCAAGAAGGUGAUGAAAAUUUACAACAAGAGAGAAUUUGACUUCUCCAGCCUGAGAGAAUAUAACGAUUAUCUGGAGCAGGUCGAGGACAUUGUGUAUAACCUCACAAACAACAUUGAUGUGGAAAACACCAAGCUGAGGAUGGAGCAAUACCAGAAAGAAAACAAAGACAUCAUCCAGAAAAAUAAGGCCAAGCUUACACGAGAGCAGGAGGAGCUGGAGGAGCUGCUUCUCCUGGAACAGCAGAGCAACGAGCAGCGGAGGCUGGAGGUGCUGCAGGAGGAGCAGAGGCAGCUGCAGGUCAAGAGGAAGAACAAACAGGCUCUGCUGGAUGAACUGGAGCAGUCUCAGCUUCCUGCCACCAUCUUACUCGCCAAGCACAAAGUUCGUGCUGCCCAGCUGGAGACGGAGAUCGAGCAGCAGAAACAGAACGUGAAGCCUACCAGUAUAUUUUCAACUGGAAUCCAAAUGCGGCAGAAUGUGUCUCUUCAGCCUGUGCCCAGGAUAGAGGAAGUGCUGUACCACUACAAACCUAUUCAAAUUGAAACCUACGGGCCUCCUGUGCCUGAACUGGAGCAGCUGGGAAGAUUUGGGUAUCUGAAUCACGUGAGGGCCGCCUUGCCUCAGGACACAGCUGGAGGAUACACGUCAGCUCUGGCGUGCUACCGAGCCAUCCAGGAUGCUUUCAGUGGGCUGUUUCCUCCAAAAGGCUGA